UAUGUAGGUGCUUCAUAUUGUCUUAAUAUUGUCAGAAAUGUGGUCGCACAGUGUUAGCGCAUGCGUGUUAGACAAUACAACAUAGCGUCAUUCCCUCCUGUGUUUGUCUGCUCCAUAUCAAAGCCGUCGUACGAUCAUAGGAAAAGAGCGUUUAUAUCGGUGAGGGAGGUGUUACUAAGAGAGUGACAUCCAAGUUUAAAUGAUUAUUGAUAAGACAACAGAAAUGUCAUCUACUGUAAAAGAAACGUUUGUGUAGUGACUUUUUAAAAUAGACCCCUUCUGAUCUUAAACCAAAAAAAGGAAUAAAGUCCUCUUUGAUUGGGUGAAAGUUAGUUUGAUUGUGAAACAUUUCAUAAACCAUUUCAAGUUUGUACUCCAAGUAUUCAUCUCCAACCAGUCAGAUGCGUGUUAUUAAUUCUGACGUUUUAAAGUUGACGUCGGAACGACUAAGCCUUUGCCAGGGAAACGUCUCCUAGAGACACUGUUCAAACAUUGUCUCCUCCGACGCCAUUUUCGCCGACGCUUGAAUGGCGCGGAGUCCGUGCUGUUGCGAGAGGAACUCAAGGGCUUGUUUCUGCUGAGCGUCAUGUGGGCUGGUUUCUCAAAAAAGGUUACAUAGGCGGGCAGGAAACCAGUUUGUAGGAGCGGCUACUUCAGUUCUGACCGCUGUGUGGCGAAACUACUCAGGAGUAGAUAUGAACCAAGGAGUGGGGCAAAGUGAAAGGCAGGAGGAGCUGACCAUACUGGUUUGUCAGGAGUCUGAUCUGCAUGAUGGACAGAUGAAGGCGGUAACUGUGGAGGACCAGAAGGUGCUGUUGGUCCGUACCAAGGGUCAGUACAGCGCAGUUGGAGGCAGGUGUACCCACUACAAUGCCCCGCUUAUUAUGGGAACACUGGUUGGAGACAGAGUGAGGUGUCCUAUUCAUGGAGCCUGCUUCAAUGUGAAAACAGGAGACAUCGAGGACUAUCCAGGCCUGGACUGUCUGCCAACAUACAAGGUGAAGGUCCAAGAUGGCAAUGUUUAUGUUUCUGUUGACAAAAAGUCUUUGAAGUUGACUAAGAGGAUGAAGGAGAUGUGCACUGUUAAGCCCGACGUCAAACACACCAUUCUGCUUGUGGGAGGAGGCCCUGCCUCGCUGGUUUGUGCCGAGACUCUUCGUCAGAACUGCUACCAGGGUCGCAUCAUCAUUGUUACCAAAGAUAGCCUCCCUCCGUUUGACAAACCCAAGCUAAGCAAAGCUAUGGAUGUGGAGAGCAGCAGCAUCCUCCUGCGGCAGCAUGACUUUUAUCAACAACACGGGAUAGAAAUGUGGACGGGGAAAGAGGUGGUCUCUGUGAACUCGGCCGAUAAAGUUGUGAAAAUGAGCGACGGCACCUCGCAGCAUUAUGAUCAGCUCCUCAUCUCAACCGGCUGCAGAGCGUGCCCUCUCCAGUGUCCUGGAUCAGACUUGAAGGGGGUACAUCUGCUGCAGACUUAUGCAGACGCCAAAGAGAUUCACGCUUCAUCUCUCGGCAAGAGAGUUGUUGUAAUCGGAGCAUCCUUCAUAGGCAUGGAGGCAGCUUCCUACCUGUCGGACAAAGCUGCCAGCGUGGUUCUGGUGGGUCCCACCAAGUAUCCCUUUCAGAAGUCUCUGGGGCCGGAGAUUGGCAAGAUGACCAUGCAGAUGUUGGAGGAAAAAAAAGUAAAGUUCGUCAUGGACAACAAAGUGACAGAGAUCAGAGGAGAGAAUGGAAAGGUGAAGGAGGUGGUGCUGGGUGAUGGUUCAGUCCUGGAAGCUGAUGUGGUAGUUGCAGGAAUUGGUGCAAUUCCCAAUUCAGACUUUCUGACAGGAAGUAAUGUGGCAGUGGAUUCAAGAAAGGCAGUUAUUGUUGACAAGUUCAUGAGGACCAAUGUAGCAGAUAUCUUCAGUGCUGGAGACGUCGUCUCCUUCCCUCUGACUAUUCGUGGGAACCAGCGGGUCAAUAUCGGUCAUUGGCAGAUGUCCCACGCUCACGGAAGAGUUGCAGCUCUGAACAUGCUGAACAAACCAACAACAAUUGAGUCUGUUCCUUUUUUCUGGUCUGCUUUGGCUGGAAAGAGCAUCAGAUACGCAGGUUAUGGUGAGGGCUACACAGAAAUCAUAAUUAAAGGCAAACUGGAAGAACGGAAAUUUGUGGCCUUAUACAUAAAGGACGAGGUGGUGGUUGCUGCUGCCAGCAUGGCGUUUGAGCCCGCCGUGUCUCGUGUUGCAGACCUGCUGGAUCAAGGCAAAGCCAUAACAAAGACUCAGGCUCAGUCUGAAGACCUGAGCUGGCUGGGGAUAUAACGGGUUGUCAUCAGGAGCAAUCGAUGAUGUUAUCUCCAUCUCUUUUUCUUCUGUCUUUCUCUGCAGUGCCUAGAUUGAUCUGUCCAUUUACAGCCAGAGGCGUGGCAGUAAACUAAUCAAAUUGUUGUUCUUUUCUAAUUAAGCCAUGCUGUUGCCAUAGCAGCAGCUAACCCUUUA